CAUGCUAAUGCUGCCAUUUUUGUCAAAAAGAGCGACGGCCAAGAACAUACCGCUGAACGCUCAUUUCUCUUCUUUCUCGUCGCUGCCGAAUCGCAGUUAUCAGGGUUAGGGUUUGGUUUCGGAAAGGAGCUCUGCUGGGGGAUCGAGAGAGAGAUGGAAGUAGAAGACCAGGUGAGAGUGCCGUUGCUCGGCGGGAAGGUGCCUCAGAACGAGAACGGAGCUCCUGUGCCGCGGCGGAGGAAUUCGGGGAUCUCUCUGCGAAGGGAGUUCUUAUCUAGGCUGCCGGAGAAGGUCCGGCGGAGCGUGGACCCCGAGACACCCUACCACAUUGACUUGUCCCGUACGAAAGGCCUCAUCAAAGGAGAGAAAGAAUACUAUGAACGGCAGUUUUCUACUCUCAGAUCCUUUGAGGAAGUUGAUGCUAUUAGUGCACCUGGUGUACUGGAUGAAGAGCAAGAGCUUGCAGAGCAAGCUCAGAGUGAAUUUGCUAUGAGGAUAUCUAAUUAUGCAAACAUUGCGCUGUUAAUAUUAAAGAUUUAUGCUACUGUGAGAAGUGGAUCCAUUGCCAUAGCUGCGUCAACACUUGAUUCUCUGUUGGAUCUUAUGGCGGGGGGUAUUCUAUGGUUCACACAUUUGACUAUGAAGAAUGUUAAUAUCUACAAAUAUCCAAUUGGCAAGUUGCGCAUGCAACCAGUAGGCAUCAUAGUCUUUGCUGCUGUCAUGGCCACUUUAGGUUUCCAAGUUCUUAUUCAGGCUGUUGAACAAUUGAUAGAAAAUGACCCAAAGCCAAAAAUGACAUCAACACAGUUAAUUUGGUUAUAUUCAAUCAUGUUGUCUGCUACAGUGGUAAAACUUGCUCUUUGGCUUUAUUGCAGAACAUCUGGGAAUGAUAUUGUCCGUGCUUAUGCUAAGGAUCAUUAUUUUGAUGUUGUAACCAAUGUUGUGGGUUUGGCUGCUGCUGUUCUUGGUGAUAAAUUUUACUGGUGGAUUGAUCCUGCUGGAGCUGUUCUACUUGCAAUUUAUACAAUUUCAAAUUGGUCAGGAACUGUAUGGGAGAACGCAGUUACUCUGGUGGGCCAAUCAGCCCCUCCUGAAAUGUUGCAGAAAUUGACAUACCUUGUCAUAAGGCAUGAUUCUCAAAUAAAACGUGUUGACACUGUUCGCGCAUAUACAUUUGGAGUUCUGUACUUUGUUGAGGUGGACAUUGAGCUCCCUGAAGAGUUGCCUCUAAAGGAAGCGCAUGCAAUCGGUGAAUCAUUGCAGAUAAAGCUUGAACAGCUUCCUGAGGUCGAGCGGGCGUUUGUUCAUCUUGAUUUCGAAUGCGAUCACAAGCCAGAACAUUCAGUUCUUAGCAAGCUGCCAAAUAACCAGUCCUAGUCUUAAUCGAUCCGUUUGUAGAUCCUGCACCAGUAAUUUGAAUUCACCUUCUUUUGUGCAUGGACCAAGAGCUGCGCAAGUUUAAAGCCAUGAGACAAGUGAUAUUUAUUUAUCUGGUUUGCAAUGUGAUGGACCACCUGUGUGCUUGCGUUCUCAGUUAUAUGCAAGCUACGCAGCAUCCUCCUUGUACCAACUGCUUUUUUAUCCGAGUUUGCUUGUAUUUUUCUGGUCAAAUAUAUUCAUUUUUAAUUUGCACUUUAUUUGCUCUCUC